AUGACCGUGUUCACGACGAAGCCAAAAUCUCGUGCGCGCAGCAACAAGACCCUCAAAGCCAAGCAGACCGACUUGAAGCGGCGGCAAAGUCACGAUCUGCCGUCGUUCCGGCAGCCUCCUGCUUCCACCGCCAUGAUUGUGUUUGACCUUACGCUGGAGCACGAGAUGGGGGAUUCUACCCCACGCGCGUGCACGCCGAGUCCCUAA